AUGCGACGAUUCCUAGAGGAGUCCGACACCUUCACAUGGCCCGAGGAGCCAAAUCAGAAGAGAGGGUCAUAUUUCACGUUCGUGGCCAAGGGUGGCUAUCCUAGACCCGAGGUUCUCAUGAAGGACGAGGUGGUGCUUGGGAAACCAACGUACUACGAACCGGAUGGCAGGACACAGAGGGUGAAACAAUGCCGGAUCAAAAAAUCUAUGCAAGUGGAAAUGAGGUUCACGGAAUCGUUCGCCGUCAAAGCACUUACACGAGAGGCGGGCAAUCAGAAGGACAAUAUAAAGGAGGCACUGGCCAUGACUGGACUACGCCAUCCGCAUGUUGCCGCGCUGUUAGGCACAUUUUUCUACUGGACACUCGACAACAUCGUCAUGUUUCCUGCGGGCGUCACGGAUCUCGCUGAUUUUCUCGGUUGUGUGUCGCAGAAAAUCAGGGCGGAGCAGGUCGGUCCUGCAACUGAUCUGAGGGCUGCAGACACUGUUCAACAGGCACAUUUGGAAUAUCAGCCAAACUUCUCUUUGGACGAAAGUCUCGAUAGGCAAUUGGAGCGACUGCAGGGCUAUUUUCUUUGCUUAUGUGAAGGACUAAGUUACCUACAUGGAGCUAACGUUCGGCACAAAGAUAUCAAGCCUGAGAACAUCGUCAUCGACCAAAGUGGGAAUGUCGUAUUCGUCGAUUUUGGUACAUCUGUUCGGUACGAUCCCAGCCAGAAGACGGCGACUUUGAAUCCUGAUGCGCUGGUCACGGAAGAAUAUGCGACCCCGGAGAGGAUCAAGCGGAAGCCCAGAGACAAGCGAUCCGAUGUCUGGUGUCUUGGAUGUGUUUUUGUAAAGAUGAUAACACUGCUCUUCGGCAAAACACUUGAGAGCUUCAAGGACGAGAUAAGCAUCCAAAAUCCGAAGACGAAAUCUAAGGUGUGCGUCUUUCAGAAGAGUUUGCCCAACGUAUGCUCGUGGCUCGAAAAGCUGCAAGAUCUUCCCUUCAGGGGUCCCAAGAACAGAGAUAUGGUUCGAGACUCGAUUCAGACCAUACGUACAAUGGUGGCCGAAGAGAUGGAAGAUCGCAUCGACGCUGAAGAUCUCUGGCCGGCAUUCGACUUUGCUUCUUCGCCCUGUCGCGAUUGCCAUCCGCGGCACAAAACCUGGCGUGGUCCAACGGAAGCUCAACGGCGUGUCUAUGACGAGGGCGUUGAAGCUCGUCGCGAUAGAGCAGCUGAGGACAACAAGCUAGAGAAGCAAGAAGUCCAAAGGGAUACUGAGGUCCAAGCCGAGUCAUCGUCUGGUCUGCCAAUCUCAACCGGCAGUCUAAAAAAACUUGCUCCUCCGGUGGAUCAUCGUUCUAAGCACAGAGCUGCCCUUUCCGAGCGGUCAGCUCGGCAGCCAGCAUUCCGACAAAGAAGAUUAAGUCAGCCUCGGCAGGUGCAGCGCAAAGCAGCGGAAACUCAGGCGCAGGACUUUGCGGUUCCUGGUGGUGAGAUUGAUGGCGUGAAGAGGGCAACAUCUCCACCGAGAGUAGAAAUCAGACCGCCGGUGCUGGAGGCUGAAGUUGAUGGCGGUCAGCUCAUCCGCACGACCUCGACGGCCAAAGAAGAUGCUGAGAAAGAGCUUGGCCGAGUGGAUGAACUCGAGGCCGAAGACAAUAAAGAGAACAUCAAUGCUGACGAAAUCUAUGUUUCACCACCGUCCCCCCCGAGGCGUCGAGAUCAAAGGGCUAAGAGCGCCCAGAGGUCCCCUCCGCCGACCCCAACAGCGUCACCGCGGACCACCCUUUAUGGUCCUCUCCCAUAUGAACAGCGCCCACAAUCACUCGACGGUACGCAGCUUUCGAACAAGCAUGAUGCACCGAGGGUACGAGUGGCCGCAAGACGGUCCCAGAAGUCGUUGCGAACACCGUCGGUUGCAUCUCUAGGUAGGGGCCCCCCAACGCCACUUCGGUCACUCCCAACUGUGGUCGAAACAGUGGACCCUCGUGCAUGUGUACCGACGGUUGGUGUGCUCAACCUGAAGCAAGGACAGGCGGCACAACUUAAAGUGGAGGCUGGUCACUGGAAAGAGUGGCACGGAAAUGAUCAUUGUCGCUUCUUCAAGUUGGGCAAAGGUGUGCGAAAGUACGACGUUAUGGGCAGCGGGACAUCGGUAGGACAGUUCGAUGUCCAGCCCGGGUUUUGGCCCUUGAGGUCAAUUACUUCGCUCUUAAGACCAGAGCCGGACUACGUGUGCAUUCACAACUGGAAAGUCGAGCCCGAGUACAUUCAAGCUCGCGAUCCCCCAUUCGUGCCUAUAAUCCCGACCAGAUUUGUGAUCGCAGGACCUGAAGAGUCAGAAAAUUCAAGCAAACCCGCCCAAUGA